GACACCUAAGAUGACGCAAUCCCCACGCGAGGAGGGGCGGGGCUCCGCGAGGACCUCAUCCCCAGAGAUCACGUGAGAAGCGGAAGCAGGCAGCAAAGACGCGCUGGACGAAAGAGACGGCGUUUUCGAUGAGGAGACUGAGGACCAGAGAGGGAAAGUGACCUUCCCAGAGUCACAGCAAGUAAAUGGUAGAGCUGAACAAGAACCCAAGCCUGUGACUGCAGAAUCCAGAGAUCUUUACAAAUUAUUUUGUGAAUAAAAAUGCCUAAAGUCAAAAGAAGCCGGAAAGCUCCCCCAGAUGGCUGGGAGUUGAUUGAACCAACACUGGAUGAAUUAGAUCAAAAGAUGAGAGAAGCGGAGACAGAGCCUCAUGAGGGGAAAAGGAAAGUGGAGUCUCUGUGGCCCAUCUUCAGGAUCCACCACCAGAAAACCCGAUACAUCUUUGACCUCUUUUAUAAGCGGAAGGCCAUAAGCAGAGAGCUGUACGAAUACUGCAUUAAGGAAGGCUACGCCGACAAAAACCUGAUCGCCAAGUGGAAGAAGCAAGGCUACGAGAACCUGUGCUGCCUGCGCUGCAUUCAGACUCGGGACACCAACUUCGGGACCAACUGCAUCUGCCGGGUCCCCAAAAGCAAGCUGGAAGUGGGCCGGAUCAUCGAGUGCACGCACUGUGGCUGCCGGGGGUGCUCCGGCUGAGGCCCCCCAGCCUUACCCCACUCCAUCCUGGACUUCGGACAUCGUAGGCUCUGUGUUUGCUGUCCCCGCCCCCCUUUCGUGGGAGUCGCUCUUAGCUACCAGCACUAUCCCAGACCCGCACCGGAGCGUGGGCUCCCCUGGGGAAGACUUUGGUGUUCAUUAGCUGUGAUUUGUAAAA